UGAUUCGCGAGUUGUUUUGCGGUUCGGUUCCACUCCGCUAUGCAUGUGUUUCGCUCUUGGGUUUCAGAAGCGUCUCCUCACAAUCAUCACAAACAACAUACGACGGACACAAUGGCGGUGAAAUGGUGCAGCUUGCGCCUCGGCGGCGGUUCGUUUCACCGGCGGAAGCGGCCGACCGGGCGGCAGGUAGGACUACACGCGCAGGGAGCAUGCCGCUAGCAGCAUGGCAAGCUCACCGAGCGGCGCCGACGAUCGGCCCCACUGGUCGGACUUCUGCGAGAAGCACGCCCGUGUGGCAGCCGCCGAGUUCGCCCACAACUACCAGCUUUUCGUGGCCGAUCACCAAGAGUUGGCCCGGUCGGCGGACUUUCCCGCAUUCGGGCGCCGUUUCGCCGAAGUGUUCCAAGAGCACUUCGAGGCCGAAGUGCGGAGACGCAUCGACGAAGGAGCGAGGCCGCUGAGCACAGCCAGCAACGGCGGUGGCUCGCAGGAGCCGCUGGGCGCAGCCGCGGCGCCCAGGGCUGUGGCCAAGACGCCGAGCAGCGCGACGUCUUCGCAAGACAACCUGCGCUCGCUCGCCAGCGUCAACCACGAGGACUACAGCGACCUCUCCGAAGGGGAAGCGUCGCCCAAGGCGCACCACCGACUCUUCUUUCGGCGGCUUUCGUUCAAGGGCCUGAAGCGCGGCAAGGGCCUCUUCCACAAGCAGCACUCGGACGAGCUCGAGUUAUCGUCGCACGCGCCGCCCCACCACCACCAUCACGGAGAGCGACGCGGUAAAGGUGACAAACACCAUCACCACGACAAGGCCAAGCUGAGCAAGAUUAUCGUCGAGCACGUCAAGGAAGGACUCGUCAACUACGUGAGCGGCGAAAACAUCGACGGCCGUCAGAAGUGGGAGAAGUGCCGGUUGGUGCUGGUCAAAACUGUCGGUGGUUACCUGCUCGAAUUCUACGCGCCGCCCAAGUCUCUAAGGCCACGGAGUGGCGUGUUUUGCUACCUGAUCCAUGACGCCAGGGAGACGACUGCUCUUGAGAUGCCUGACCAUGAGAACACCUUUGUGCUCAAGGCCGAGCAUCACAUUGAGUACGUUGUGGAAGCACACGAUGCAGAAAGCAUGAAGUCAUGGCUGUCCACGAUCCGGUACUCUAUGAGGCAUCUGGGUGAUGCAGUUGACGAAAACAUAAGAACCAGGUUGACGACGUCGCCGUCCGAGUCAUUGGCGAGGCUUCGAGAGCAGCACGCAAAUACCAAAAAAGCUCCUGCCGAGGCAACUGCCGUUGUCACUCCGAGCGAUCUUCCAGUAGUCCGUGCCGUCGGAAGCGGGAGUGACGGUGGCGUCACGGCAUUGCCACCGUCCGUCACCCCAGUCGUCGCCGUGGCCGGAGGAACCGGCAGUGGCGGUGGGGAGACUGCAGCGACGUCACCACCCGCUGUUGACGGUGGCGCGUCCUCGUCUGGCGGAGAAGGUGGCGACUUGUACCAGUCGCUGCGCGAGUACCCGUGGUUUCACGGGACACUCUCAAGGAGCGAUGCGGCCCAGUUGGUGUUGCGCGAGGGUCCCCUGGGCCACGGUGUGUUCCUCGUGCGGCAGAGUGAGACGCGAAAGGGAGAGUGUGUGCUCACCUUCAACUUCCAGGGCAGGGCCAAGCACCUGCGCAUGACGCUGAACCCGGAGGAGCAGUGUCGGGUACAGCACCUGUGGUUCGAGACCAUCUUCGACAUGCUGGAGUACUUCCGGAUGCACCCCAUACCGCUCGAGUCUGGUGGCUCAUCGGACGUGACGCUGACGGACUUUGUGCUUGCCCCCGGUGCGACUGGUGGUAACGAGGGAGAGCUACUCACCUACGGCGGCUCCGUGCGCCUUCACUCGUCCUCGCUGGACAACUUGCAAGCUGCCCACUUGCCACACGGCCGCGCUGUUGAGAAUACCUAUUCCUUCGUCUGAGAGGCGGGUGGCAGCGCUGCCAUCGUCACGCUUCUCUAAAAUGCAACGACUGGUUCUUAAAACGUGCUUUUACCUGGAACUGGAUUUCGUUUCCGGCCAUUCUGUAGUGUGUUGGGACACGUGAAAGGAACUAGCUGAUUUUCCUUGUUCUGAACAUUGUUGUGUGCUUCGUGGUUGCUGCUUGUGAAGUAAGUGGAGGCAUCUUACUACCUACAGCAAGCCGAGCUUGUUUACAAUGCAUCGGGACAUUUGUGAAGCGGAUGCACGUUUGACUUUUGCUGUUUGUGCGGUGCAGUGUUAUGAAAGCUCCCGUCAGUACUGUAGCAGCAGUGUUGGACCUAUCUUUUCGGGUGCUGUUCAAAAUUUUGGGUGCUUUUAGUUGUGGACAUAUUGUGAAUAAGUUUGCAGCUACUCAGUUUGGCGCUGUGUGUUCUGCUGCUGAAGCAAAUACUCCCUCUUUGUGUUGAUGUGAAUACCACUGGACUUCUACAGCUAAGUCUGUACACGUCAGUGUUCCGAUUAUUCCAUUGCCCCAAGCAGAUUAGUUGUAAAAUGAUUGCACGGUAUUGCACGUCGGUGCUGCUGGAAGUUUUGGAACGAUUUGCAGGAAUAGUUGAUGGGCACCAAGCCUGGCGAGGCGUCACAGCCACAAGAAUUGUUGCUAUGCGUGAAAGGACAGCGGGCAAAACAAAUUCUUGCUAGUUUCCACUGUCAUAGGCUUUCACUUUAGGGCAGCUGCCACCAAUCCAGAGGCAGAUGUUACAUUGUCACAGCCACCUGCAGUUCACAGGCUUCCAGAACAACGAGGCUAGAAAAUAUGAAUUCAUCAGUAAUUUAUGGCCACACAGAUUGAACAUCUGUGCAAACUUGUGGAGCUGGCAUUCAGUGGGGCGGCAGCAUCUGAAUACGAACAAAGUUUCCGGGACACACCUGGUGUUUCGACUAGAUUGCUUCUUCGUUGCAAAAGAGAUAAGAAUGGUUGUACAAAGAUUGUGUCACUCUUCACAGCCUUUAUACAAGGGGCACCUUAUAAACGUUUACACAUGCUUGACGAAUACUGUUCGAACAACGACUACUGAAGAAGUACGAGACAACAUCACUUGGCCAAUGUGUGUGUGUGCAGUUUUCACGUUAAAGCAGGGACACUUAAAGGCUUACUGCAACAGAACUUUCAUUUGGUUAAAUUUGUGAUCAAUGAGCAGUUACUACUGUAGCAAUCAACGUCAUAGUCAUGGUGGCAUUCUUUUUCUGAGCUUCAAUAUCAAUAUUUACUUUUGCGAGCCUUUCAUGAAGCAUUCAGUCAUAUUUUAAACGUAAAAUAUCGGACAGAGACCACUUUGUGUCUGUAGUAUCCAAGUCUAGGCUUCUACACGGCUCAAUAUGUUGUUGCAGUUUGCCUUUGAAGAUGUGUAAUGCAGAACGGGUGGUCCACUUCGUAUCGGCCCACAUAACGAAUGUUUCUCAAUCGACGUAGCCGAAAGCCAGAGCUUAAACGAAGUGCGCAUGCUUGCUGUUUUGACGAGGGGCAUUGUUGUGCAGCAAAAUAUUUACUCUGCGGUGUGCACUUCCAGAUCACGUGGAAGUGUGUUGUUUCGAGACAGCUGCGUGCUGGCUGGCCGAUGUGUUUUUUUUUUUUUUCGUGCUUGUGAAUACAAACAGAGCAAGGUGUUACGACGUAUGCUGUUGAGAAAGAUCUGGUGUCCUCCAGUAUGCAUGCAGCGGAGCGGAUGCGAGAUUGGCAUGUCUCGGAUAAGAAAUGGAUACUUCCUGCCUAAUUGAGGCUUCAACAUGACCACUCGGUCACAACCGUACUGUGAUUAAAGCUUCUGCUGAAGGGCGUUUGCCGUAGAGGUUUUCAAGUUCACGCUUGAAAUGAGAAAAAUAUAAAAGGUAAACUUGUAAAGACGGCUGAACAGCCACCACUAGUAUGGAGUGCAUUCUUUACAUGUCCAGUUAUGAAACUCUUUUUGCCAAGCUUUACAAUGUGCUUGCUGUUUGCAUGUCACUGUGGACUUAGCUUUGUGAUGGUCCUUCCUCAUAUUGCAGAAGGGAGACAGUUGCUAGAUAUAAGUUGAGCAAUGUUAUUACUGAAGCUGGAAAAAAAUGUUUUCCAUAUUACUGUUUGGGCUUGUAAAGAGGCAGUUGCAGUGUGUGAUAAAUGACAAAAAAGAUACUGUAAAUUUUAUGUAAGAUAUCUGCUACCUUGCACAUACUAAUAGCGACCACAAACGCUUGUGAAGAAUGGGAGUUGCGGAUGGAGACUAAGGUUCCUCAAAGCCAGUGUAUGAAUCCCAUAAUUUACACUUACAUCAAUGGAUGGCCACUUCAAUGCAAGUUUCGAAAUUAGAGGCUCUGCUGUAGAGCUGCAAUGAAACUUGGGUCUUUUCACAGCUGCCAUAAGCAAAAAGCGUUAGUGAUCAUGUGUAAUGUUGUUCACACGUCUUACGUCACAAACUAGAAACAGAUAAAUAAUGUGACCUAAAAUUUACUUAGAAAAAUAAAUUGAUGACCUGCAUCUGUGCAGGAUGAGGUAGGGUACACGGAGGACACUCCUCGCUUGCUCAACAUGUAUGCAUUGUUUAAUAAGUGUUUUUAACAGUCUACCGAGCAUUGAUGCGCCUGGAUGUUCCUGAAUGCUAGUUCUUUCAGUCGCAUUAAAAUGGCCAAAAGUC